GCCGCGCGCGUCUUGGGCGGGCUCUCUCUAUGCCCGGGUCUCCAAGACUGCUGAGAUGUCUGUGAAUGUGUCAAGAAUCUGUACAGUUGCCGAGCGCUACACCACAUUACUGGUAUUCCUACUUUAGAGUCGUAUUUUAAGAAUUUACUAUGCUCUCUUGUUGGUGUCGUUGCUAGGUCGGCAAAACCUGUCCAGUUAUGAGUAGUGAAGUCGAUUAGUAUUAUGUGGGAUUCCGAAACUGUUAUGCGUUUGCGUUUACCGUGCGCCACGAGCCUGCCGCGUGUUGGAUUGUGUCGACAUCAGUUGGAGCACUGUCCACGGUGCUGAAAAUCAAGAGUCUUACCCUAAGUGGCGAACAGAGGCAGUUGAGGCGUUCCCGGGUAUAUGUAUAUGCAACUCAAAUCUUGAGAUGACGCGGAAAAGGCUGCACUCUGUAGCUGUAUGGGGAUUCUUCGCGUGGGAAAUAGCUGUGUUGCUAAGUCUGGUGGCGUCUAAAGAGCCAGAGAAUCCUCGGGGGAGAGCAGUGCAUCCUCCGUCACCCUCCGACUUCUUGGACAAACUCAUGGGGAGAACCUCAGGCUACGACGCCAGAAUUAGGCCCAACUUUAAAGGUCCUCCUGUGAACGUAUCAUGCAACAUUUUCAUCAACAGCUUUGGCUCCAUAGCUGAGACUACAAUGGACUACAGAGUGAACAUCUUCCUCCGUCAAAAGUGGAACGACCCCAGGUUAGCGUACACAGAGUACCCUGACGGUUCUCUGGACCUGGACCCCUCUAUGUUGGACUCUAUCUGGAAACCUGACUUGUUCUUCGCCAACGAAAAAGGAGCCCAUUUCCACGAAGUCACCACAGACAACAAGCUGUUAAGAAUAUUCAAGAACGGCAACGUCCUCUAUUCUAUACGAUUGACAUUAACCCUUUCCUGUCCGAUGGAUCUGAAGAACUUCCCGAUGGACGUACAGACGUGUAUCAUGCAGCUAGAGAGCUUUGGCUACACAAUGAACGACCUGAUCUUUGAGUGGCAGGAGAAUGGACCAGUCCAGGUUGCUGAUGGGUUGACCCUCCCACAGUUCAUAAUGAAGGACGAGACGGAUCUGAGAUACUGCACCAAGCACUAUAACACAGGGAAGUUCACGUGCAUCGAGGUGCGUUUCCACCUGGAGAGACAGAUGGGUUACUACCUGAUCCAGAUGUACAUCCCCUCUCUCCUCAUCGUCAUCCUCUCCUGGGUCUCCUUCUGGAUCAACAUGGACGCCGCGCCCGCUAGGGUGGCACUGGGCAUCACCACUGUGCUCACCAUGACCACCCAGAGCUCCGGUUCUAGAACGUCUCUGCCUAAGGUAUCCUAUGUGAAGGCCAUCGACAUCUGGAUGGCGGUGUGUCUGCUCUUCGUAUUCUCCGCUCUGCUCGAGUACGCCGCCGUCAACUUUGUCUCCAGGCAACACAAGGAACUCUUAAGACUCCGCCCGCGGAGAACGAAGAAGAAGGACGACGACGUGAGGGAGAGCCGCCUCAGCUUCACCGCCACCACGGCGGUCAAGGACGGCACCAUCCCCAAGGCCACCAACAACGCCGCCACCACCCCGGGCGCCACGGGGCCACAGCCCACCCAGCAGCCCAAGAAGGACCCGGCCGCCAAGAGCCACGAAGAGAUGAGAAAGCUGUUCAUCGACCGCGCCAAGAAGAUCGACACGGUAUCGCGGGCAGGUUUCCCCCUGGCCUUCCUGUUUUUUAACAUUUUCUACUGGGUCCUGUACAAGAUUCUCCGGGCUGAGGAUGUGCACAAGGACUAGUACAGAACACUACAGUACAGUAGGGUACAUUACACUACAGUACAGUACAGUAGGGUACAGUACAGUACAGUACAAUGAAACAAGGGGAAAGAAGACCCCGGUCCCUCCUUACAAUGUGGGAACUGUUUGACAUUAACAUUUGAAAGUUCACCAACUACCUGGGGUUCCAAAACAAAGCCCCCCAAAAAAAGCAGAGCAGAGUUAUGUCUGUAUCGCCCACCGACAACAAGAGAGGACAGACGCCGUGCUCACUAUGCAACUGGAGACCAGUUUGGAGUAUCGGACGAGACCCACUUCACCACCCCACACAAUGUGCAGUCAAAACGGGAGCAAUGCUUUUAUUCACCUCUGUAAACCCUCUGUCACAAACACACACACACACACAGGACCUCCCAAACACUGUACCCACACUUGUGUCUUACAGCUUUACUGCCAAUGUUCUAUGUACAGUACAGUUUCCAUACAACACUGGUAAACAAGGAACAACUUCCAGUACACUCAAGUCCUUUGGAGAUUUUCCACCAGAUUAUAGUGUAUCUUUAGUAUAACCAUCAGAUGUUUGUUAUACUUCUCAGAUAUAAAAAGCUGCCACUUUGACACAUUUCCACGCUCACUAAUGUGGGUUAAAUGUCCCGUCCCUAGUGCUACUCAUCACGUACAGAAACGUCAUGAACCUCUCUGUGACUUUGUUGAGUGAUUCAACUCCCCAGGUCCACACUCGGCACAAACUCAACUACGGUGUUGCCAUGGUUUCUUUCUCACCUUCAUUUCCUUCGUUGACUUAUUUCCACAAAAUGAUGAUUCACUAUUCACUGUUCCGUUCACUCGGUCAAACAAACCACUGCCGAAACACUCAAGACAAACAGGGGGCCAAAUAUGUGAAAGCAUCAACCUUAAAUUACCUAGAAUCUCAACACAAGCUAACAAAGGAUCGACCAAAGAGGUAACCUACUGAGGAAAAACUGAAUGAGCAACAUGAAAAUAGAAUAUAAAAAGAGAGAUUUGAUACCGUUGUAGUCUCCAUGAGCCCCCACUGUGAAUUUGGAAGGCUGAGGAUAUCAUUAAAGUAACUGCCGAGUGUUUUCAGGUUUCUGUUAAAUAUGACCUAUAAUUUCUUACAAUAGGAGUGAAAUUGUUUUCUUUGCUGAAUGUUUUAAUUAUGUAUGUUAGAAAAGCAGGUUUUCUGUGUUUGAAGGGUGUGGACGUACCCCAACAACAGAAUGGUGUGGGCGUAUACAAAUAAUAACUUAAAUAGACCGCUGAUUAGCCAGCUCAUUCUCCUCUAGACUGCUGAUUGGCCAGCUCAUCCUCCUCAGGGAGAUGACAUGUUCUAUGAGGAAAUGACAAGCAUUUUUUAAACGGUCUGUUUGAGAUACAAGUUUGAGGUGGGGUUUUUGACGUGUUUUUUUCUCCAAUUUAUGCUUUGGUCACAAAUACGAGUAUAGGACGAGUCAGCAACAUUAUUUGGAAAUUAGUUAACAGAAUAUUAACUUUUAAAAGGGAGAUUUUCACUGGGCAGUUACUUUAACAGUAUAUAGCCAAAAUACUAUACACAGCCUGAAUCAGGCCUUUCACUUCUUGGUUUACAACUUGCCUUUCAAUAUAAUCUUUAUUUUAUCAUUUUUUCUAUCAAAUGCUCACAAAUUACCAUUGCUCUGGUGUCACUGAGCAUAUCACUCAGAAACUGUGUUGGUAGCAGUACACAACCCUGGGGAGCACCAUCACAAUUAAGUUAUAACUGAUCUAGGUUCAGUAUCCAGAGUACCUAUAUUUGAAUAGUUACAUGUAUGGGAUAUAAGACUUUUAAAUGAAAGGAAUUCACACUCUCCAUAAGUUGGGGGGUGAAAGUGCAUGUAUAGAGAUGAAGAAAGAAUUUAGAAUAGAUUGUAAUUGUUAUGAUGAAGUAACAUUUUAUUUAACUAUAUAUAAAAAUAAUUAUAGAAAUUAGGGGUUGUUUACUUUGUACGGUAUGUUAAUAUACUGAAAUGAUUAUCAACAACAGACAAUGAACAGACAAACUAUCGGAAUAUCGUACAAAUGGGCAAUGAUUCAGUCGUAUCAUAUUCUUGUGUUUGAUCAAACCGGAUGACACACAGAGACAGUAUAAAACUGCACUGUAAAGACCUGACCCAAUUUUAAGCUGACUCAUAAUGGAGAAGACAAUAAAAUGAAUAUAUUUAUGGAUACAUCUAUGAAACGUGCAAUAUAUCAAUCUCCUUUCCUUUUUCUAGAUGGUUGACAGGCUCUUGUACUCCAAGACUGUUGUGAUGUUUUUUGAAAGAUAUAAAAAGAAAUAUUUGGUAAGGCAUUUCCAGAAUUUUACACUAUUUAAAAACAACUACUGAUUAAAUCUAUGAAGAGAUACUGUGCCAUAUAGUUUUGGUAAAAACAUAUCUAUACUCCCACAUUCCUAAAUAAAGUGACAAAGCUUUCAUAUAGUUCUACAGAUUUUAAUACCACUUCUACAUAUUAGUAUUUGACACAGUUAUACACAAUGUGAAGGAUGAAUUAAUAUACGUUUCAUGUACAUUUCUAUUGCAAGUGUAUUUAAAUACUUUAUUUUGUACAAAAAAUGACAGUAUUAUUAAAUGUUAGAUGCAUGAACUGAAUUCAAUGUCAAUAUAUUUAUUUUUGAACUUGUGUUUGACCUGUGUUUUAGUUGCUGCCGUGAUGAUGAUGAGAACACAUGUGCUUUUUUUCCAUUAUAAUGUACAUCUGUAAAUACUUUUCAUACAUCUAAUAAAGGUCCUUUGGAGAGAAAAAAAAAGAUUGAGGAAAAAAACUGUUACAUUUCUAAAUUAA